AUGAAAUAAUAAAAUUAGAUAAAAAAAAGUUAAACAUCGAAAAAUGAAUCAGUUAAAUCCACUCAUUAUUAGAUCUUGUAUCUCAAUAGAAUUUAAUGUCAUAAAAUAGCGUUAGUGUAAUUGAAAAGUGAUCAAUUCAUUUAAUAAAUUAUGCAUUCCAUAAAAGACAAUUAGUUAUAUUAAAUUAUAAUAUUUAUUAUUGGAUGUAGCCAGAGUAAUUAAGGACUUUAUAAUAUUGCCAAUCAAAAUAUUAGACAAUCCUUCCAAAUCAGGAUGUAAAGUUUGUAUAUUUCUUUAUUAAACUAGACUCUUGUGCAAAGUCAUUAGAUCAUCUAAUCUUCUCUUAAUAUGAAAUCUUAAUAUAGUUGUUGAUUUAAAAUGCUUUAUUUUGUAAAUCUGAAAAUUUGAGAUAAAGAACAAUUCAGAUGCUUGAGCAACUUGAAAAGCAAGAUCCUGCCUAGUUAUACAGCAUUGAUUUAUCAUAAUUCAAUGACAAUCCUCUCACAAUAGAAGUCUCUCCCUUAUAAAGUUCUUUCUAACUCCUUCUUUUAUAACAGUUUAAAUCCAUUUUAGAGAAUAUUAAUAAGAAUUUCGAUGAUAAAAUAGUUGUUCUUAAGAAAUACAUUCCUCUUAUUUAAAGUAGUUAUUUGCCAUAAUACUUCUAAAUUAGUAAGGUCAGGUGUAAGUUCACACCAUGGAUGAAAACUUAUUAUUUUAAGGUUUGUAAAAGCAUGGAAGCAUAAAAUUGGAGGCAAUUUAAAAAGAAUUCUUAUGGAAAAAAACAAUGAAGCAACUUAAAAAUAAUUACAAAAACUCAAUUGCUGCAAUGCUCAAAAGAAUCAAAUAAAAACUUGGAAGUUAAGUCAAUAUGAAUUUCUGAAUCAAAAAGAAUUAUAGCAAUUUAUCAAAGGAAUUUAAUGGUUUGGAAAAGAUAAAGGGCAACUCAUUCCCAAAUUCUUUGUAACAACAAGAAGUUCAGAUUUUUGAAAUAAGUAAUAAAACCUUCUAUUAUUUAGUGAAUUAAAUAAAGCUGAUUAAUUAUUAAAAAAAAGAAAAAAGCAUAACAUUCCAGAAUCAUAUCCAAACCAUUACGAGCAAUUAUGGAAUGAGGAAAGAAAAAAAUAUAAUUAAAAAUAAAAAUAAAUUUUGAAAUUAUAUACUCAAUUUAAAAAGAAGAAUUACCAACAUUUGAUAAAUACUUUAUUUUAUCAGAUGAAUAUUCCAAUAGCUGUUGUAAAUCAAAUAUAGAAUGUAGUAGAUUAGGAGGAUAUUCUUAGUUCUCUAACUAAUAGCAAUAGGCAAACUAAAUUUCUUAAUAAUAACAAUGGAAAGUUUAAACUUCUUUUGAAGUUUGGAAAAAUGCAAUCAGUUCAUUGCCUGAAUUAAAAGGCUGA